GUGGACGGGGAGCAGAUCUACGAAGGAUCCUUGAAGGACGACUGGGACAUGCUUCCGGCGAAAGAGAUUGCGGAUCCCAAUGACAAGAAGCCCGAAGGGUGGGUGGACCAGGAGAAGAUCCCAGAUCCUAGCGACGCCAAGCCGAAGGACUGGGCCACAGAGGCAAAGAUCGUCGACUCCGCAGCUACGAAGCCCGAGGAGUGGGACGACGAUGAAGAUGGAGAGUGGGAACCUCCGAAAAUCGACAAUCCAGCCUUCAAGGGCGAGUGGUCCCCUCGAAUGAUCGCUAAUCCUUCGUAUAGCGGAAAGUGGAAAGCCCGGAUGAUUCCCAAUCCUGAUUUUGUCGACAACCCGGACCUGUACAAGUAUGACAACAUUGGCUAUGUAGGCUUUGACGUUUGGCAGGUUAAGGGCGGCACCAUUUUCGACAACAUCAUCCUCACUGACAGCGCUGCAGAAGCGGAUGAGUUUGCCAAGAAGUGGAAGGUUCUUCGCGAAGAAGAGAAGGCUCAGAUAGCGAAGGCGGAUGCUGCCCAGCAGGAGGCCUUUGAGAAAGCAAAGGCUGCUCGCGCCGCCCGCGCCAAGAAGGCGGAAGAGGAGUCAGGCAAGAAAGCUUCAAAGAAGGCUGCCAAAACUGAGACGAAGAGUGCUAGCGAGGAGCUCUGA